AUGCAGAAGGUGGAGGGACGGCCCCCCCCGGGCAACCUGUCCUCCUCCAGGGCCCCCCCGAGCACCCCGGGGUCUCCGGCCAGCGGCAUCAUGACCCGGGUCCAGGACCAGGUGGUGGGCUACCGGGACCUGGCGGCGCUGCCCCGGGACAAGACCAUCCUGCAGGUGGAGCGCCCCGACCUCAUGACCUACGAGCCGCACCUGAGCUUCUCCCCGCUCGACCCCCCCCGCAGAGAGCGUUCCCUCUCCCCCCCCCCCACGUCUCCGACCUUGUCUCCUGAGGUGAAGGCUCGCCGGGCAGAGAGUGACAGCGGCUCUCCUGGAGGAUCCUCGUUGCAGCUCAACACCGGACGGAGGAUCAGCGCCAGUCUGCAGCAUUUCCACAGACCAGAUAAUGGAACCAAUAUCUACAGGAAACCUCCGAUCUACAAACAGGAUGCUGCCAAACCUCUGGAGGGCAGCGGCGUGAUUCGCUCGGCCAUGUUUCCAGCGGCUCAGCCUCCAGAUCCCAACCAGCCGUCCAAGAUCGAGACGGAGUUCUGGCCCUGCCCGCCGUCGCUGGCCGCCAUGGAGAUCGAGAGGAGGAAGAAGAAGCUGCCGGAGGAGGAAGAUGAGUUUGUGGAUCUGACAGAAGAAGCCCGGACGCUGCAGGAGCAGGAGCUGGAGAAGAUCAAGUCCAACCUGGGUCGUCUGAUCCUGAAGGAGGAGAAGGAGAAAGGUCUUAGUUUCCGGAGGAAGACGCAGUCGCUUCCGGACCGAACCCACAUGACCACGAGUUUAUCAGUGACUGCUUCAAGGUCUCCGUCACACUCAGGAUCCGGGUUGACCAGAAUGCAGUCGGCAGAGUUUUCCACAGACGGAGACCAAGCAGCUUCAGCUGCUCAGAAUGGAGACGCUCGCAGAGAGAGGAUGGACAGAGGGAACUCUCUGCCCAGUAUCCUGGAGCAGAAGAUCUAUCCCUAUGAAGCUCUGAUAGUGACCCACAGAGGGCGCUCUAAGCUGCCGCCGGGAGUCGACCGCACCCGACUGGAGAGGCACCUCUCCUCGGAGGACUUCCUGCGGGUGUUCCAGAUGCCGAUGGCCGACUUCGACCGACUCUCUUUGUGGAAACGAAACACACUGAAGAAGAAAGCUUUACUUUUCUAACAGGAAGUGACCUCGUUCCAAAGUAAUACUUGAUGAAGGUCAGAGGAGGAGGAGGAGGAGGAGCCGGCCAUUACAGCAGAUACCCAGAGCCAAUCAUCACGUCCGUCCACUUAACUAACCAAUCACGAGCCUGGGUGUGUGGCGCCCCCCUGAGGACCAGACGGAGAUGACCUGUACUCUGACUAACCUGAUGCACUGACACUCGUUACCUGUGCUGCACUUAUAAUCACCACUGCUUGCAAAUCACUCUCAUUAUGUCUUCAUCAUCUUCAUCUUCAUCAUCUUCAUCACACAGGGGUCUGGUUCCUCAGAGUUUAUCUCAGAUUAGCAUGUUAGCAUGUUAGCUCAGGUGUUCUGGUGUCAUGAAGCUGGUUACCGAGGCAGCUGACCAAUCAGAUCACUGGAAAUCAUCACUGCUACAGGAGCCUGCUGACUUAAUAAGAUCCUCCCUGAUGAUGUCACUUCCUGUCAUGUCCUGUGGAACGGAGCUCAUUCAUUGGUCGUCGGUUCUCCUGCGUGUUGUCACAUCUCUGGUGAAGUUGGUGAAGUUUUAUAAAGAGCGAGAAGGUCCAGACUUUUAUUCUGAAACAGCUUUUAAUCCUGUCACUUCCUGAAAUGUAUUAUUUUC